UCCAUGAGAGGCUGCUUCUAGCCAUGCUUACACUCCCAGCCCUGGGACGGGUUGGGAUGGGAUGAGACUUGAGGUGCAAUGGCCAAGCAGGACGUUCUGGUCUCUCUGGAGAUAGGGGCAUCUAGAUCCCCUCCAGGGCUUGAGUGUUGAGGAAGACCCCUGGUUUCCACUCAGCCAGAAGCUCCAUCUUCAUUGUAAGGGGAAAAGGUUAUCUGGAGGCCUGUGCCAGCAUCUCAUUCCACCAAAGGAGAGCAGCCCAUACUUUUUAGUGUCUACCCUCUACUGGGUGGUUUUAUGGGAUCCUUGAUCCAAUAACUAGGAUUAUCCCUACAUUGUGGACAAGGAAAGGCUCCCGGAAUUAGGGCUUGCCCCAGGGAACCCCAUUAGCCAGUUUGGGGACCAGGUUGGUGCCAGAAUUGCCCAGCUCUUUGCUGAGCCAGGCUGCCUGGUGACUCAGACCUACAGACUCCAUGAGUGGGCGAGAGCCAGGGCGUGGUGCAGGCGAGUAUAAGGCGGCCAGUCUGGGCACCAAAGAGCCCGUCCUCACCAGAGAACAUGCAGUUCCACGCUGGGUCCCUGCUGGCUGUCCUCUUGAGCCUGCAGCUGGCUUCAGCCCAAGCCAUGUGGUGCCACCAGUGCAAGGGCUUCGGGGGAUGCUCCCACAAGUCCAGAUGCCCGGAGGACUCCACCCACUGCGUUACUAUCGCCACCCGGGACCUCAUCAGCUUCAAUGACCUGCCUCUAGUCACCAAGAGGUGCCAAAGAGGCUGCCCCGACAUCCAAAGCCUGGGCCUGGGCCCACAUGUGUCCAUCGCCUGCUGCCAGGCCAGCCUCUGCAACCAGGAUUGACCACCCUCCUUCUCCUGCCCCAGGCACCAACCCCAGCCCAGCAGCUUCCAUGCCACCGUCAGCACCAUUCUUCCUCAGGAAGCCCUGCAUGACAACUUGCCUAAAUGCCCUGUGGUCCAUACCUGGGGCCUCCCUGUGUGCACCCCUUAAUAAAGUCCUGCCCCUUAAUAAAACAAGGCCAGGUCACUCGACGGA